UAUGGCAUGGGUGGUUUGAAAUUUGAGUUUUAAAAUCGUCCGUUUUAGUGUUUUAAUUUUGGGAUGAAAGUAAUUAGGCAAUUUUAUUUAUCACUUUAGUAAGUAUAAGAAUAGAUGUAAAAUGAAACAACGUAACUCUUAUCUUUGUGGCAUGGCAACUUAAUGCUUCUUAACUCGUGCCUAAAAGUUUGUUUUUCUUUUUCGAUACUAUUUAGACUUGCCACAAAUUUCCAACAAUUAGUAACGAUUAUUGUUGAUUUUAUUCUUUCAUCAAUAUCUAGACGCGUAAAGAAAAAGGGUUAAAAAAACAUGUGGUCUACAUUAUGGUAAUAAAAAUGCUUAGAGGAAAAAGAGAUCUUGGAAUUAAUCAGUAUACCGGGACAGAAUAUCUUAUAUUUUUUGGUGGGAAUUGAGAGCUUGGAUAUUAUAACAUCUGAUAUUCGGAACCGUUCAUCAAGUCAUUAACGAAGAACUAUUUCACAUUUCAUGUGAACCAAUUUCGUACGUUCAAAUCGUUCUCAGUAGUUCCAUGUUUCGUCAUUGAUUUUUUUAUUGGAAGUUCAAUCGUUCUUAUUUCAUAUGGUUAUAUUUGCUAUGCAGCUCACCUGUUUGUUCAAAUGUUUCAAUGAUCAUAGCAAUGCCCCCCAAGAAUUUAUUAUUAUUUGCUUAGGGUGAAACUUUUGAAGUGAUGAUAAAAUUGUAUGCUGCUUGCUGCAUUUCACAUUAUCCUUCAUUCCAGCACCAGUGCCUUUCAAGUUUAAAACUAAAAUUCAUUUGCUAAAUAAUUAAGAUAUAGGAAAGAUUGGAGCUUUGUUUUGUUUGAGCUGAAUCCUUUCAAGAAUGUUCCCCAUUAGGAGUUUAAUUUCCAGCAAGACUCUGAGUCUCAGACAGUUUUCAUCCUCAACAACUCCUCAAGUGCUUAGGCCUGGUGAUAUCCUGAGACAAUCAAGACUCUUUACUGAAGAAGAUGUCACUCAAUACUCUAAAGUGAGCCAUGAUUCUAAUCCUUUGCAUACUGAUCCUGUGGCUGCCAGAGAUGUCGGAUUCGAAGGUCCUCUCGUCCAUGGGAUGCUCGUUGCUUCUCUCUUUCCUCGCAUCAUCUCGUCACAUUUUCCUGGAGCUGUUUAUGUCUCUCAAAGCUUGAAUUUUAAGUUCCCUGUGUAUAUUGGAGACCACAUUACUGGUGAAGUAGAAGCAACACAUCUGAGAGAAAAUAAAAACCGAUAUCUUGCAAAGUUCAAAACAAGGUGCCUCAAGAAUGGUGAAUUGCUUGUUAUUGAAGGUGAGGCUACAGCUAUGUUGCCAACACUGACCUUUGAAGAAGAGCAAUGUAAGGAGUGCUGAAAAAGUUAUUCACAAAAAUGGACUAUUAGCCGUGAGCCUUUUUCAAAUGCUAAAUAAAUGUAUUUGUGAUUAACCACUUUGCCCCCACCAUAAAGAAAAACAGCAGGGGGAGACAGUUUUUGUAGUUUUGCUGAUUAUAAUGCAGUUUAUGCAGACUUAGGUAUUUGAA